CAGACAGAUCGUUGCGUGUGGACGGGCCUUAACAACGUAAGCUGUCGCCCUCUGCCAUCAAGAAGCGCUACGAGCUGCAAACCCGAAGUGAGGCGAACACAACCGACUGGCUGAUAGAUCGUUACCGGGAUUUGACGUCCCUAGACACAAGUAACAAUAUAUAUAGAUAUAGGCUCUCUACCUGUCAUUGUUCGUGAAGUGCAAUAUCUGUUGCAGCAACGGUGGUAAACAUGUUUGUUUACAUACAAAAGAACAUAUUUAGUCGGAAAACGUGUCCUGCAUGACAGCUGUGGUCCCAAGAAUUGAUUUCGUAGAACUGAACUAUUAGUUCUUGAAACAAAAGGAACUACACGAUUAAAAGUCUAAGUAGCAACUGCAAUUCAGUGUAGAGGACUAUGAGGAAAUCACGGGGUGCAUCAAGAACACCUCCACUGUCAGUCGCAGUUCGUGCUGGCGAUGUCAAUGCUGUCCGGAAACUGCUCAGAGAAGGAGAAAGUCCAAACGAUUUCGAUAACCGCGGCUGGACGCCACUGCACGAGGCAGCUGCAGGAGGGCAUGUCACAUGUGCUUUAUUGUUGCUGCAUUUCGGGCAAGACAUUAAGGAUGUAAUAACUCAUGAAGGAGAAACACCACUUUUCCUGUCUGUUAAUCCAGACGCUAAACCUGAUGUAAUUAAAGUUCUUCUGAACCACUCAGCAGAUAUGAAUCUUGGCAACAAUGAACGGUUCACACCAUUGCAUAAAGCUUGUCAGCUUGAUUUGGUAGACCGUGCCCACCUGCUUUUAGAGUCUGGUGCAGAUAUCAAUGCUGCAAAUAAUAAUCAUAGCCGGCCUAUUCAUGAAGCCAUCAAAAGAAGAUCUGUGGAAAUGGUCAAUCUGUUGGUAAAAUUUGAGGCGGACCUGAGCUUAAGAGAUUCAGAUGGGCGCACACCUAUCAUGACUGCUGCUUACAUGGGCUUUCAUGAGGUCCUUAAAAAAUUGGAUACACCAGAAUUAAACAUAAUUAAUGAGAGUCAAUUCGGAGAGUCCUUAGGAGACACAGCACUGAUGUUGGCUGUUCGAGGAGGCUGUUUAAAAACAGUUGAAGUCCUUCUUGAGAUGGGUGCUGAUGCCAACAUCGUGAGGGAAGACACUCAACAAACAGCACUGCACCUCGCUGCACGGCGUGGUGACCCGAGGAUUGUUGAUCUCAUCAUAAAGGCGACAGAAAUGGAAAAAGUGGCACUGUGCAAAAAUCCUUUGAUAAAUGCAAUUGAAAGCAUGCAAGUGAAAACGAUUGAAUUGCUAUUGCAGUGGAUGCAUGCCCAUCCACAUUUAGUAAGGAAGGUUAUUGAAUGCGAAAGUGGGGUAUUCGCACAAGAUUACAAAGUGACUGGUCCUGUCUCGUACCUACUCUACUAUAAGGCUGACCACAAGGAAUUAUUGCCUGUGCUGCAUCUGCUCCUUAAAAAUGGAUGUCCGGCAAAUGUGUCCUCCGUCAAUGAAUUUCCGCCAUUAACAGCAAUUACAGCUUCAUCAGCACCUAAAAGAAUAAAGAAAGAAUGUAUUGAGAUUCUUUUAGACUAUGGUGCUGAUGCUGACCACCCAUUCCCCUGGUAUGCAAAGAUGUACCCCCUAUCAUUCCUGCCAGCAGCCUGGUAUUAUGCAUUGCGUCUUCAUCCAGGUGAGAACUGGUUGAUCAGGUUGCUGAUGUCUGUAAGCAAAAAAUGUGACCCUAAUACGCUACUCUCAGUAGUGUAUGUUUAUGCCUAUUAUAAGACAAUGCUGGUUGAUGAAGAACUAUGUGCAUGUAGGUCUACACUUCAGCAUACAUUGGAUUUAGCUCUUGAACUAGGUCCCUCAGACUAUUCCAUGAUGUUCAGCAUUUGGGCGAAAUUUAGGAAAUCAGGACCAUCUGGAGAAGGACUGACUGGAGAAGGAGUGCAAAACCAGCAAGAAGAAACUGCUCAGGAUGAUUUGAUUGUUCCAGAAAUGUUAACACCAACACCACUUGCAAAGCUAUGCCGUAUCUUAGUCCGCAAACAUUACUCUCUAUCAGCUCUGAGGAAAUAUGAUAUGCCUAGCAUUGUAAAUGAUUUCCUGAACUAUAUGUUCUGAUUUUGGGCUCUCUUUUGAAAAUAUAAUUUAUCUGCUGAGAAAAAAUUAUAUUAUAUUACACAAAAUACACUCUAUGUUUCCAGUAUAUUGUGAUAUUAAGGAUUGAUGUUCAGAAUUUCCAUUCUCAUUUUACAUGGGGUGAAAAUAGAAUUUCAUGUUAGCAUGAGAUGUGAUAUAUUGUGUAGCAACAUAAUGUUAUAUAUAAAAUGUAUGACGUGUGUGUGUGUGUGUGUGUGUGUGUGUGUGUGUGUGUGUGUGUGUGUGUCCUCUGGUUAAUAACCAUCAUCACAGUAUAAAAGUUCAUAUAAUAUUUAUGUGUCAUGUGAUUGUCAAUAUGUCAGUGAGAUAACUUGAUACAUAACUGAUAUAUCAACUUUUAUACUGUCUUGAUUACUAUUAAAGUUAUUCUGAACUCUGAAAAUGAGUUAUUCAAGAAAUACAGUUGAACAAAAAUAGUUAUAUGUUGCAGAUUUUGUGUGUCUGUCCAGUUUGAAUGAUGUGCCCUGCUUCAAAAAAACUUCAAAAAGUGUUUCAUUAUUUUACUGCUAAUAACAUUAUUCCUGACUCUGUAAUUUGGUUGUUUCAAGUAGUUUUGGAUAAAAAUAGUUGUAUGUUGCA